CCCUCGCAAUUGCCGUUUGGCGAGCUAGAAAAAAAUGGCGGAAACUGAAGGAAACCGAGAGAAAAUGCCUAAACAGAAGGGAGAACGGAGCGUUCUGGCUCUCACCGGAGCCGCCGCGAUCCUCGUUCUCGCCGUCAACUUCGGAAUCAAAGUUUACAACUCCCGCAAGCAAAACAAGAAGAAGAAAGAUCUUCCUGGCUCUAAGGUUCGUGUAAAUUUGUCGGCGCUGGAGAUUCUGAAAUUGGCAGACCAAAUUAUUGCAAAGUCAAAGGAGAUUCACGAUGCAGUUGCUUCGGUGCCUCUUGAAAAGGUCACCUAUACAAAUUCCAUAUUCCCUCUAGCGGAAUUAGAGGGACAACAGUUUCCCUUGGUCCAAUCUUGUGUUUUUCCAAAGUUAGUAGCUGCUUCAGACGAUGUUCGCAAAGCAAGUGCUGAAGCAGAGAGGAGAUUAGAUGCCCACGUUCUAAUGUGCAGAAAGCGUGAAGAUGUAUAUCGUGUUGUCAAAGCUUUUGUGUCAAAGGGGGAAUUGAUGAGUGCUGAAGCAAAGCGCUAUGCCCUCUGCCUGAUGAGAGAUUUUGAGCGAAACGGCUUGAACCUUACUUCAACCAAGAGGGAGGAAAUGCAGCGGUUGAGAACACAAAUUGAUAACCUUAGCUUUCAAUAUAUCCAAAACUUGAACGAUGACAAUUCCUUUCUUCUCUUCAGUGAGGCUGAGCUAGCUGGGUUACCUUUAGAGUUUCUUAAGACCUUAAACAAGACUGCAAAUGGUAAAUUCAAGGUCAGUUUGAAGAGUAAUCAUGUUGCAGUAGUACUAGAACUUUGUAAGGUGGGAAAAACAAGAAAGAUGGUAGCGGUGGCAUAUAGUAAGAGAUGCGGAGAAGUCAACCUUUCUGUCUUAGAAGAUCUGGUUCAGCUGCGCCAUAAGUUUGCUCGCUUACUGGGUUAUUCAAAUUAUGCUGAUUAUGCUGUUGAUCUUAGAAUGGCAAAGACACCAUCAAAGGUUUUUGAGUUCUUAGAGGACAUCUCCAGCAGUUUGAAUGACUUGGCCGCUAAGGAACUCAAGAUGUUGAAGGACUUAAAGAAGAAAGAGGAAGGAGAGCUUCCAUUCGGAAUUGAGGAUUUACCUUACUAUGUGAAGAAGGUUCAACAGCAAGAGUUUGAUUUAGACUUUGGGGAUCUUAAGCAAUACUUUCCUGUCAAUUUGGUUUUACCUGGGAUUUUCAAAAUAGUCCAAGACCUAUUUGGUUUAAGGUUUGAGGAAAUUGAUGAUUCUGAAGUUUGGCAUUCUGAUGUCCGUGUAUUUUCAGUUCUUGAAUCAGGUUCUGGUGAACUCAUGGGCUAUUCCUACCUUGAUAUGUACACAAGAGAAGGAAAAUAUAAUCACACCUGUGUUGUGGGUCUUCAAAAUGGUGCAUUAUCACCCAACAGUGCACGUCAGAUCCCCGUGGUGUUGUUAUUAUCUCAAUUUCAAAAGGACGAGGAAGGACAACCUGGGUUGUUACGAUUCUCUGAAGUGGUUAAUUUCUUUCAUGAGUUUGGCCACGUGGUUCAACACAUAUGCAAUCGUGCAUCUUUUGUGAGAUUUUCUGGCCUGGGCUAUGAUCCAGAUUUUGUUGAGGUCCCUGCUCAGGUGCUAGAGAACUGGUGUUACGAGAUUUCUUCUUUGAAGUUGAUAUCUGGCUUCUAUCAGGAUAUAACAAGGCCCAUAAAGGAUGAAACAUGUAAAUCGCUUAAAAGAUGGAGAUAUUCAUUUUCUGCCCUCAAAUUGAAGCAAGAAAUUCUUUAUUGUCUCUUUGAUCAAAUUAUACAUUCUGCUGACAAUGUCGAUAGUGUUGAGUUAUUCAAGCAUCUUCAUCCGAAGAUUUUGUUAGGUUUGCCAGUGUUGGAAGGUUCAAAUCCAGCUUCACGUUUUCCUUGUAGUGCUAUUGGUUAUGAAGCUGCGUGUUAUAGUCGUAUUUGGAGCGAGGUUUUUGCAACUGAUAUAUUUUCUUCAAAGUUUCGUGGUAGCCUUUUGAAUCAGUAUGUUGGCAUGCAGUUCAGGAACAAGGUAUUGGUCCCUGGUGGAUCAAAAGAACCCAUUGAAGUCCUGUCAGAUUUUCUUGGGAGAGAACCAUCUAUUCAAGCCUUUGUUGACGCCAGAGCUGAAUACAGUUUGUGAUUGCAGAAGCUUUCAUCCUUCACUUUCCCUUCACUUGGCAUUCUGCGACUUUGGUAUCUGGGGGAUCAGAUUCACACUUCUUGUAUGUAGCCCCUACUCUAUAAAUUUUUCCUGCUCGGUUCUUGGUUUUGGUUCCUGAAUCUUCUUAUUUAUUGAUGAAAGCAAUAAUUUUUUAAAGUUACGUUGCCCUAUGGCAUUACAUUUUUGGUGGAUCACAUAAUUUAUCAAAGUAACAUUAUUUUUGUAUUAAUUAUCCUGUCUACA